CCGAUUUGGUAAUUCUGCCGGAAGGCGGAAGCUUUCGUCUCCGUUUCCUCACCAGCAAAUUCAUAAAUACAGUACAGCCAACUCCGCAUUCUUCAAUUUGUUUCGCAAUUUCUGAUCGGAGACAAAUCUUACACCGGGAGAGAUUCAGGUAAAAAGAGGAGAGGGCACAGAUUUUGGAAGAGAUGGAUUUCGAGCUUAGAAGGGCGAGAGAGAAGCUCGAAAAGGAGCAGAAGGAGAGGAAGGAGAUGGCUCGGCGGAGAGUCGAGAGAGAGCGCAAAGCUAAAGAAGAGGCGCGGAAGCAACGAGAAUCCAUUGAAGCGGCUCAACUUUCUAGACGACUUGAUGCUGCCGAGGCCCGAAUUAAGGCUGAGCAACUGAUGGAAGAAACUUUGCUUGCUGGAAGAGGAAUCACUUUUUACCGUCUCUUAGAAGCCAUACCUUAUCAGGGUAAUGGGGACAAGAUCAAGCUGCCGCCUUCUGGUUUCACAGAAUUGUCCGAUCAAAGUGCUUUUGAUAAGGGACCUGUGUACUUCCAACUGUCAGUAGUUCAUCAAGAAGGUACUUCCAACACAACCAUUAUGGAGGAAAAGACUCACAGAAUCACCCAUUCAGGUGUUUUGGAGUUCACUGCAGCUGAAGGUUUUGUUGAGCUACCUCCUCAUGUUUGGCGAAAUUUAUUUCUGGACGACUCUUCAAAGAAGCCACUAAUUGAAGUACGUUAUGUGUGGCUACCCAAAGGAACCUAUGCAAAGCUUCAACCAGAAGGCAUAGGCUUUUUGGACUUGCCUAAUCAUAAAGCUAUCCUUGAGACAAGCCUUCGUCAGCAUGCCACUCUUUCUCAAGGUGACAUACUGACUGUCGUCUACAGUGAGCUUACAUAUAAGUUAAAUGUUCUUGAGUUGAAACCAUCUUCUAGUAUAUCUGUUCUAGAAACGGAUAUUGAGGUUGAUAUAGUUGGUCCUGAUUCACCAUCUGGAACCACGGAUCAGCAUAUUCUCAAACUGCUAACUUUUAAAAAGCAAGAGUCUGGGAUGGUUGAGGAAGGGUGUUAUUCAUAUUACAAGUUCUCCAUAGACAACGAUAUAUGGGAUAUAAUUUCUUCCGGAAAUGCUAGAGUUGAAGUAAAGCUUGAAGUGGAGACUAAUGACGGAGAUACAAACAUUUACAUUUCGAAGCAUCCUCUCAUAUUUCCUACUCAACACCAGCAUUCUUGGUCUUCCCAUGAUAUUGGUUCAAAGGUUCUAAUCCUUAGCUCUAAAGAUAAGAACUUUGGGGCUGGUACUUAUAGCAUUGGAGUUUAUGGAUUUAAGGGAACUUCCAAGUACCAAAUCUCAGUGAGUAUUGAGGAUGUCUCAAACCAUAAGGUGGGUAAACACGAAGUCUCUUCAUCGAAAUUUUCAGAUCAGGAUACUGUCGAAUGUCGGAAUUGCAAGCAUUACAUACCCACUCGAACUAUAGCUUUGCACGAAGCUUAUUGCAGUAGACAUAAUAUUGUCUGCCAGCAUGCUGGCUGUGGCGUGGUCCUUAGAGUUGAAGAGGCCAAGAACCAUGUGCAUUGUGAUAAAUGCGGACAAUCUCUUCAGAAGAGUGAGAUGGAGAAACACGAUAAGGUGUUCCACGAACCACUCAAUUGUUCUUGCGGGGUAGUCCUAGAGAAAGAAGAGAUGGUUCGUCAUCAAGCGUCGGUUUGCCCGCUGCGCCUGAUAACAUGUCAGUUCUGUGGGGACAUGGUUCAAGCUGGAAAUUCUGCCAUUGACAUCCGAGAUCGAAUGAGAGGACUAUCUGAGCAUGAAAGCAUUUGUGGGUCUAGAACAGCAACAUGUGAUUCAUGUGGACGUGCUGUGAUGUUGAAGGAGAUGGACAUCCACCAAGUCGCUGUUCAUCAAAAGAGUUAAUAUCUGCUGCAACAGCUGCGGGAUAUAUUUGUGGUCAUGGCUGGAAAUUUGCACAGAGAUGCAACUCGAACCCGUUGAAUAAACUGGUGAGUUCAAACAUAUGAAGGUUUGCUACGGUUUUAUCAAGUUCAUUAUUAUUUUUUGUGCAACCCCAGCGAAGAAUUUGAAGAUUGUGAUUAAUAUCAAUGUGGCAAUGACAUUAUGAAAUUAAUGUAUGAUAGUGCUUGGAAUUUGAUGUACAGUAGUGCUUGAAACUCGGUAAGAUGCAUUUUGAAUUAUCAAAGCAGUAAUUCAUUAAAUUUGAA